AAUAUUCAACACGCAUAACUCCCCGGGUUUCCUGGGUCACUCCUUACCUGCUGAAGCGCGCAACAAUGGCGAACAUAGAAGACACUGAAAUAACUGUAUUUCAACAACAGGAAAAUAAUCAAACAGAUCCGCCUAAUGACCUUACAAGUUUUCAAUUUGUUCCCGACAAAAUUGUGGAUUUUUCGAUCAGUCAGGAUGGACAGAGGUCAUAUCGAGUAAGAUGGAAGGAUUCUUGGUUAACAGAGGAAUUGUUGUCAUUGACUUAUCAAGACCUCAUCAACAACUUUUGGAAUACUGCUGCAGCAAAUGCUAAUAAAUCCGAGAAUGCUGAGAAAGUCAAAGUGAAACAAGUUAAACCCAACAACAUCAAAAUUAUAAAUAAGCAAGGACAAUUUGAUACACAGUACCAACACAUUACACCCCAACAGACUAUUUCAGUCACAACUCCAUCAUCUGUAAACAAUGAUGUUCAUGCUGUUAAUCUAAAAGACAUCAGUGAAGCUGCCACUGCUGCUAACUUGCUUGAGCAUGGACCAUUAAUAAAAGGAACAACGGUGUUACCAAAGAUGCAAAAUCAAGGAGUAAAUCCAAACUCAUUGACUUCUAUUGUUGUCAAUAGUGAUGUAUCUUUAGCAAGUGGCUUGCAAUACCCUGACAUGCCUCCAACAAUGCUUAAUGCACCACUUCCGAAAUAUCAACAAGCCCUACAACAACAAAUUAAUGUACAGCAACAACCACUUGCAGAAAAUUCUGAAACUGGAAAAGUGACCUUUCCAAAGCAUGUGUUUUCACAAGCUCGAUUUGUAAAUAAGAAACAACAGCAGCAGAUGGUUGCUUCUGAGCAGCCACGUGUGACCUGUGAUAUCUGUCAAAAGUCUCUUAAGACUAAGAAAAUGUUAUGGGCACAUAAAGUUGCAGUUCAUUUUGGUGGUAAUUUUCCCUGUGAGAUAUGUGGCAAGAAGUGCAUCACAGGUGCAGAGUUGCGUCGCCACUUGACAUCACAUUCUGCUGAACGUAAAUUCGUUUGUCAAUACUGUGGCCUUGCUUACAAAAGAUGGUCACACUUAUAUCAACAUUUGAGAGUACAUGAGGAAGAGAAGAAUUUUAGAUGUGAUGUGUGCCAUAUUAAUUUUAAGGUACAAUCUGAAUUGAAAGAUCAUUGUUUUGCUGAACAUUCUAAUGGUGACAUGGUUCAGUGUAGUGUUUGUAAGCACAAACUUCAAACACCAUUGGCUGUUUAUCACCACAGUAUGAAGCACACUGGGACGAGAGAUUUUAUUUGUGAGAUUUGUGGAUCAAACUUUAAACGUAAGCAGCAUCUUGUUACACACAUGAAAACUCACUUGACUGAAAACAAAGCAGCAGAUGGAUCAACAGAGACCUAUGAGUGCCAGGUCUGUGACCUCACUUUUAGUUUAAAGAUGGAACUAAAAGCUCAUUGUGAGAGCGCACAUCCAUUGGAAGGUAGUGAAACAGCCACAUGUAAGACAUGCAACAAGCGGCUAAAUCUUUCUCAUUCUGUCUACUUGCAUGGUUUGAGACAUUGUGGAUCAAGAGAUUUUCAGUGUGACGAAUGUCAGCAAUUGUUCAAAAGAAAAGCUCAUUUGCUUCGUCAUAAAUUAGACAGACAUCCUGAAGUUCCCAGAGAAAGAAAAAAGAGAGCUGUACAAAAUGAGCCAAUUGUGUGCCAUCUUUGUAGGCGAACUUUCAAAUAUAAAACUGCUUUGGUCAAACAUAUGGCUGGGCAGCAUGGUGUACUACCCAAGUCAGAUUAUUCAUCUGACAGUGGAAUUGUGUUUAAAAAAGGAAUAAAAAAGCCCCACCAGUGUGAAAAAUGCCUUAAACGAUUCAAAUCCAAAGGAAGUCUGGGAAAACAUAAGUUGAACAAGCAUGGCAUUGGUGCAGAAGUGAGCAUACUUAUCCAGUAUGGUGAAGAAAAUGAGACUCAAAAUGCAUCAAGUAUUCAUGAAAAUGUUGUAGAGAUUGAUGGGGAUAAUGCAUCAGCUACUAUGGUCCCUGCAUCUUCGAUUAUGCUUGCAGAAUCCAAUAGUGGUCACACUGAAGAAGAAAACAUAAAUCUUGAGAUAAAAGCUGGUGCUGAAGAAACUUCUGAAAAAAUGCAAGUUGACGAUGAUAUUACAAGUGCUGGCAGGGAAGUCAUCACUGCAGGUGGUGGCAAUGUUGCUAGUAUUGUUGCUAGUGCAAGGCAAUCUGGAAUGGUCAAGGAUCCUCCAAGACAAGUCAUCACAGUUGACCAAGAGACUGGUCAGCUUAUUUUAAUUGAAUCUAGUGGUGUAAUUGAAGAAGAAGAGUCAACCGUUACUGAAGAGAAAGAACAAAUGGAUGCAUCUACUGAUCAUGGACAAGUUGUUGGUAUUCAGUCAGAUGGUGCUGAUUCAUCGACUAUCCAAAACAAUCAGGGUCAAGUAAUUUCUGUCCAACCUGAUCCAAUGCAGACAAGUACUUCUGUAAGCACACCACAGGAGAGCAACUCUGAUGAUGUCACUGCAUUAUCACAAGCAAAUGGUCAAAUUGCUGUUGGGUCAUUAAAUCAGCAAGUGUCUCUUGGUCAAAUUAUCAACCAAGAUGGAGUGACGUUGACAACGAUGCCAAUUCAAUCUGUGCAAGGUUUAACCGGUACUGAAAAUAUAAUCGAUUUUACACAAAGUAACAAUGAACAGAUCGUGGUGCUGUUAUCGGCUUUAAAUUCCCAGGGUAUGCAGCCCAUGUAAAAUCUUCUUAAGCCAAAUGUAGUUGGCACAAACUGUUAAGUUUUCGAUUGUUAUUAUUAUUUAUUUUUUAGUUUAUUCUACAUAAGUAAUUCAUUCCUUACUGCUUGUGUUUUUGUGUAUAGCUGCAUGAGUGCUUUCUGCCACGUAAUGAAAGAUUUUUUUUAAAAUAUGCUUUUAGUUUAAAAAAAAAGUCAUGAACUCCUCAUCCUGAGAAACAAUUUUUUUCUUACUUAGUUUGUUAACAAUUUAAUUAGGCACUAUCCUGUCCUUUAUUUCAUUUAUAUAUGUUUUUUUAGAGAUAAAGUAUGCAGAAAAACUAAUUCAUAGCUUUUUUUCCGUAAUAAUUAUUGUUUCAACAGUUGUAUUAUAUUAUUCUAAUGGCAUUUUUUUCUGGAUGUUCAUUUUUAAAUGUUCAUUAAUUUUCAUCCUAAUAUAAAUGCUAACUUUC